GGGGAAUCCGGCGAGUUUCAUCCAUGUGUCCGGCUGUGAGUUGAGUUGGAGCUCAAAUUAAACCACUAAAAUCUUCCAAACACGCACUACAGAGUACCAUGUCGGACGAAGCCGGACCGAGUGGGCAUUCCCAGUCCCACUCUCAGUCACAAACCCAGUCUCAGCCCGGGUCCAGCUCCUCCUCUGGUCCAACCUCGGCCAGCCAGUCCUCCUCAGGCUCUGGCACACUGAGCUCAGUGGACACUGUCCCUGUGGCAGACCUUUCCUCCAUUCCUGAAGAACCUGAAGAGCCUGAGCCCAAAUAUUGGGGGCGCAUGGUGCCCCUCAUUAGGGGCUUCAAUGUUCACAAUUGCAUAGAAAAUCAAUACUACUUUGGGAGGGACAGCAGGUGUGACUACGCCUUCAGUGACCCCAUAGUCCUGCAAUCACCACGAUACAAAACAUACAGCAAAAGGCACUUCAAGCUAUUCAGGGAUGGGAAGCUGGUAUAUUUGGAGGACCUGAGUGGGAACGGGACCUGGGUUGAUGAUACAGAGGUUGGAAAAGGGAAGAAAAUCCCUCUGAACAACAACUCCGUGGUUUCACUUGCAGACCCAAAACACAAAGUUUUUAUGUUUGUUGAUAUGACUGAGGACGAGCAGCCGAAUUUUCCGAAAGAGUUCAGAGAAAAGUACCACGUUACGAGGAGGAUCGGCUCGGGCGUCUGUGGGGAGGUCAGACUGGCUAUCGAGAGGGAGACGUGCAAAAAGGUUGCGUUAAAAACAAUAAAUAAGAACGAUUUCCCCUCUAUUGGAACCGCAACACGAAAUGCUGAGCGAGAAAUUGAGAUUUUAAAGAAAAUUGAUCAUCCCUGUUUGAUCAAGACAGAGGACUUCUAUCAGACGGAGGAGUCCUAUUACAUCGUUUUAGAAUAUGUGGAGGGUGGAGAGCUGUUCAGUAGGAUCAAAACGGAGAAGCAGCUGAAAGAAGACAUCGCAAAGCUGUAUUUCUAUCAGAUGCUCAAAGCCGUGGAAUACCUGCAUGAUAACGGGAUCAUCCACCGGGAUCUUAAACCGGAGAAUAUUCUGCUGACCUCCCACGAUGAUGAGUGUCUCAUCAAAAUUACGGAUUUUAACCAGUCCAAGAUUUUAGAGGAAUCGUCCCUGAUGAAGACACUGUGCGGAACUCCCACUUAUUUGGCCCCUGAGGUUUUUACAGCGGCAUCCACAGGCGGGUACACGCGGGCGGUGGACUGCUGGAGCCUGGGUGUUCUCCUCUUCAUCUGUUUGGGAGGGUAUCCCCCUUUUAAUCCAGAGAGCAGCUCAAUGCCUGUCCGUGACCAAAUAAUGAGUGGUCACUACUGCUUUAUUCGAUCACAGUGGCAGGCUGUGUCCAGCAAUGCUAAAGACUUGGUGAAGAAGCUGCUGGUUGUGGAUCCUGUGAAGCGGCUCAGUAUUUCCGAAGCUCUGCAGCAUCCAUGGCUGAAAGACGAGAAGAUGAGGGAAACGGCCCACAGGCUGAUGUACCCAGGACAGCCCACCGAGACCCCUGAAACCUCCCAGCCCUCCCAGUCCUCCGCCAGGCCAGCUGAACGCCCAUUGCGCACACAACCAGCCAGGGCUUCUAAGCGGAAAGCAGAAGAACCUGCAGAAGAGGCGGAGCCUAAAAGGCGUCCAGGUCCAGACACUGCACCAUAAGGUCCAUUGGUGUGGUCUUUUGUAUACAUGUAAAUAACUUUGUAUAUUUUUCCAAUAAACAUUUUUUACAUAUUUAUUGUGUUUUCUUGUCUCAAAAACACAUUUGAUUGA